AUGUCGUUCACCAUCUCGAUCCGUCAGGGUCCAGCUCGUCUGGCUCAUCUCAUCAAGAGCACCAGCGCAAAGCCUACUACCCUCCGCUCUUUCCACCAGUCUGCUCCUAAGAGCACCUUUUUCACUUCAAAAACAGCAACAUGGCGCCCGACGACGUCCUCGAGCAUUCUCACCCGCGCCUCCAGCCGAGCUUACCACCAGCACGCCCCGCAUGCUCCGGUGGACAACUCGACGCUGAUGCGCAAGCUGCUCGUCGGCGGUGCCAUCUUUGGAGGAACCCUCGUCGCCACCAACCUGGUAUUCAACCGUGAGACCCGUGAGGAUGGCGGCAUGCCUCCGUAUGAGCGCUCGUACCUCAACGACACCUUUUUGCACACCGGUCUAGGCGUCGGCAUCAUCGGCUUGACGGCCAGGCAGAUGAUCAAGACUGGAUUCGUCUAUCGCUUGAUGGUCACCAAUCCUUGGGUGUUUGCCAUUGGUGGUCUGGGUCUCAGCUUUGCUACCAUGAUCGGCGCCAGGUCGAUUGAUCCUGACAACUACGUCCCCAAGUACGCCCUGUGGACGGCCUUCAACGCGACGCAAGCCGCCUUCGUCGCUCCUCUUCUCGCCUUCGUUCCGGGCCCUCUCAUCGCCCGCGCCGGUCUCUACACCAUCGCCAUGAUGGGCUCCAUCUCGUUUGUCGGCGCGACUGCCAAGCAGGAAAAGUACCUCUACAUUGGUGGUCCCCUCUUGGCCGGUGCUGCCAUCGUUGCCGUCUCGGGCCUUGCUCCUCUUGUCGUCCCCGUGACUGCCGUCAGGACGCUCGCCUUCACCGAGAACCUCUGGCUCUACGGUGGUCUUGCCGUCUUUGGCGGUUUUACGCUCUAUGAUGUCCAGAAGGUCUUGCACCACGCCCGCCUGGCUGAAAGGGGUCUGAUCAAGAAGGACCCUAUCUCUGAGAGCAUCAGCCUGGAGCUCGACUUUCUCAACAUCUUUAUUCGCAUGGUGCAGAUCCUAAUGAUGCAGAACAACAGGCGAAAGUAA